AUGUAUCUUACCAGGGCAGGAACUGCAUGGUCUGGUGUGGCCAGACUCUUGUGUUGCAGCAGCAUGCCACCAGUGCUGAGGCACCACAAGACAUUUGUAUGCACCAUUUGCCCUGUAUGGGGAUCACACAAUGCAAUGCUGGAUUGUGGGAUACAGACAGAUAGUCACAGCCAAGAUGAUCAAGGCCUAGACCACUCAAGUGGUGUGGUGUCUGUGACCUUGAUGAUCAAUGUAUGCUGUCCCAAUGAUCCAAGUCCAAUACUGAAUGGUUAUCCUCCAAAUGAACAGCAUGGCCAUCCCACUUGUGAUAUGAUGCAGCAAACAACCCAAUGGAACCAAGGUCUAGCAAAGCCCACAUGGCCAGUUGUAUUUGCUGCCAAAAGGCCUGCAUUCAAGGGCAAAACCACCAAAGUGUCUCAGACAUCAAUAUCUGAUCAUUAUACAAUCCAAGAUCUCCUUGCUAAAUCUCAGAAUGGGACAAACAGUGUUAUGCCACAUGUGCACUUUUCAUAA